UUACCAUGUCUAUUGUCUCAUGGGAGACGGUGAAAGUGCUGAAGGGUCUGUUUGGGAAGCCAUGAACUUUGCUAGUUUUUAUCAACUGGAUAAUUUGGUUGCAAUAUUUGAUGUGAAUCGGCUUGGCCAGAGUGAUCCAGCCUGUCUUGAGCAUGAUAUGGAAAGUUAUCGUAAACGUACUGAAGGUUUUGGGUGGAAUACUUACGUAGUUGAUGGUCAUGAUGUAGAAACUUUAUGCAAAGCAAUGCAUGAUGCAACAACAGUCAAGAACAAACCAACAUGCAUCUUGGCAAAGACAUUCAAAGGAAAGGGAAUUCCUG